AUGAUCAAGAAUAUGCUAUUAAAAGCUAAGAAUGGGCUUCAGCAGCACGGUGGGACGUCUGGGGGCUUGUCGGGUGUGAGGACCAUCAGAACGUUCAAACAGGAGGACCAACCGAGAUUACGUGUGAACUCUGUGGCUCCAAAUUUUACAGCUGAAACGACGGAUGGCAAGCUUAAUCUGUAUGAGUACUUUGGUAACUCGUGGGGGAUCUUGUUCUCGCACCCUGCAGACUUCACGCCUGUUUGUACUACGGAGUUGGGCGCAUUUGCCAAGUUGAAGCCUGAGUUUGAAAAACGUGAUGUCAAGUUGAUUGGUUUGUCUGCGGAGGGUGUUGAGAAGCACCACAAAUGGGUCAAGGAUAUUGAGGAGGUCUCGGAGUUGGAUAAAUUCACAUUUCCAAUCAUUGCGGAUGUUGAUAGGGAGGUCUCUUUCUUGUACGACAUGGUUGACGAGGAAGGCUUCAAGAAUCUCGAAAACGGGUUGGUGCAGACCAUUCGAUCUGUGUACAUCAUAGAUCCUUCAAAGAAGAUCCGCUUAAUGUUCACCUACCCUGCCUCCGUUGGUAGGAACACUCUGGAAGUCUUGAGAGUCAUAGAUGCCUUGCAGACGGGUGACAGCAAGGGUGUGGUUACCCCUGCCGAUUGGCAGCCUGGUGGGGAUGUGAUCAUUCCACCUUCUUUGUCUGACGAAGAUGCAACCAAGAAGUUCGGUACCUUCAGGACCGUGAAGCCCUAUUUGCGUUUCACCAACACUGAUUGA